CGGGAGGAAUGGCUUCUUGUUGGCACCAAGCAAGGGCAUCUCCUUCUUUAUAGGAUCAGAAAGGAUAUAGGAGAGAUAAUGUCAUCAGAAAGUGGCUGUUGCAACAGGUUUGAAGUGACACUAGAGAAGUCCAACAAGAACUUCUCAAAAAGAAUUCAACAGAUUCAUGUUGUUUCCCAAUUUAAAAUUCUCAUCAGUUUGUUAGAAAAUAACAUUUAUGUCCAUGACCUGUUGACGUUUCAACAAAUCACUGCAGUCUCUAAGGCAAAAGGUGCAUCCCUCUUCACUUGUGACCUACAGCACUCUGAUACAGGGGAGGAGGUGCUGAGAAUGUGUGUAGCAGUACGAAAGAAACUACAGCUUUAUUUCUGGAAGGACAGGGAAUUCCAUGAAUUACAGGGGGACUUCAGCGUACCAGACGUGCCCAAGUCUAUGGCAUGGUGUGAAAACUCUAUUUGUGUGGGCUUCAAGAGAGAUUAUUAUCUGAUAAGGGUGGAUGGAAAAGGAUCUAUCAAAGAACUGUUCCCAACAGGGAAGCAGCUUGAGCCACUGGUUGCCCCUUUAGCAGACAGAAAAGUUGCAGUUGGCCAAGAUGAUCUAACAGUAGUUCUUAAUGAAGAAGGGGUCUGUACCCAGAAAUGUGCCUUGAAUUGGACAGAUAUUCCCAUAGCUAUGGAACAUCAGCCUCCGUACAUCAUUGCUGUGCUGCCAAGAUAUGUAGAGAUCCGUACCUUUGAACCACGGCUGCUGGUGCAGAGUAUCGAACUGCAGAGACCACGCUUCAUCACAUCUGGAGGUACGAAUAUUGUAUACGUGGCCAGCAAUCACUUUGUUUGGCGUCUUAUUCCAGUCUCUAUUGCAACCCAGAUACAACAGCUUUUACAAGACAAGCAAUUUGAACUGGCUCUACAAUUGGCAGAAAUGAAGGAUGAUUCAGAUAGUGAGAAGCGGCAACAAAUUCAUCACAUUAAGAACCUGUAUGCUUUCAACCUCUUCUGCCAGAAGCGUUUUGAUGAUUCCAUGCAAGUUUUUGCCAAGCUCGGUACAGAUCCUACACAUGUAAUGGGUUUGUAUCCUGAUCUGCUGCCUACUGAUUAUAGAAAGCAGUUGCAGUAUCCCAACCCUUUGCCAGUGCUCUCUGGGGCUGAGCUUGAGAAGGCACACUUAGCACUCAUAGACUACCUAACACAGAAAAGAAGUCAGCUGGUAAAGAAGCUGAAUGACUCGGACCACCAAUCUAGCACCUCACCCCUCAUGGAGGGAACACCCACAAUCAAAUCCAAAAAGAAGCUGCUGCAGAUAAUUGACACCACUCUGCUGAAGUGUUACCUGCAUACAAAUGUAGCCCUUGUGGCACCAUUGCUACGUUUGGAGAACAAUCACUGCCACAUUGAAGAGAGUGAACAUGUGUUGAAGAAGGCGCAUAAAUACAGUGAACUGAUAAUACUAUAUGAGAAGAAGGGGUUGCAUGAAAAAGCUUUGCAGGUAUUAGUGGAUCAGUCAAAGAAAGCCAAUUCGCCAUUGAAGGGUCAUGAGAGGACGGUGCAAUAUCUACAGCAUUUGGGCUCAGAGAACUUGCACUUGGUAUUCUCCUAUUCUGUCUGGGUGCUCAGAGACUUUCCUGAAGAUGGGCUGAAGAUAUUUACAGAAGACCUCCCUGAAGUGGAAGCCUUGCCACGGGACAAAGUGCUCAACUUCUUGAUAGAAAACUUCAAAAAUCUGGCUAUUCCUUACCUGGAACACAUCGUCUAUGUCUGGGAGGAGACUGGCUCAGAUUUCCACAACUGCCUGAUCCAGCUGUACUGUGAGAGAGUGCAGGGGUUAAUGAAGAAAUAUCUCAGCACCUUCCCUCCAGAUAAAACUCCACUGCCUGCUGGAGAAGAGGAAGGAGAACUGGGGGAAUACCGGGGAAAGCUCCUUGCCUUUCUUGAGAUUUCUAGUUGCUACGAACCUAGCCGUCUUAUCAGUGACUUCCCUUUUGAUGGGCUCCUGGAAGAGCGUGCCCUAUUGUUGGGUCGUAUGGGGAAGCAUGAACAAGCCCUCUUCAUUUAUGUCCACAUUCUGAAGGAUACCAAAAUGGCUGAAAAUUACUGCCACAAACAUUAUGACAGAAACAAAGAUGGUAGCAAAGAUGUGUAUCUGUCUCUGCUCCGAAUGUAUCUGUCACCACCUAGUGUUCAUUGUGUGGGGCCGAUCAAGAUGGAACUGCCAAAGCCUGAAACCAAUCUCCCAGCUGCCUUGCAGGUUCUAGAAUUGCACCACAGCAAAUUGGAUACCACUAAGGCAAUAAAUCUGCUCCCGGCAAAUACACAAAUUAGCGAGAUUAGAAUCUUCCUAGAAAAGGUCCUUGAGGAAAAUGCCCAGAAGAAGCGAUUCAAUCAAGUACUCAAGAAUCUUCUCCAUGCAGAAUUCCUUAGGGUUCAGGAGGAGCGGAUCUUGCAUCAGCAGGUAAAAUGUAUCAUCACGGAGGAGAAGGUGUGCACUGUGUGUAAGAAGAAAAUAGGGAAUAGUGCGUUUGCCAGAUAUCCUAAUGCAAUAGUUGUACAUUAUUUCUGCUCCAAAGAAGUCAAUGCAGUGGACACCUGACUACGUGCUCAUGGAUUUAGUAGACUUACAUGGUCACAAUAUUAAUCUGACAUGCAGAAGUGAAAUGAUGCCUUUCUGAAAUUUUGAAGCUUAUUGCCAGGAGCAACUUACAAAUGACUUCUCUUGAGUAUCUGUGGAUAGACUACACCUAUAACUUGGCAAUAUAGACUUAAUAGAAAAUUGACCUUUUUUAACCUUAUUGUUAAAGAGCUGGCAACUGUAUUGCGUCUCUUCAUGCGUAGAGAUGAGGAAGAAUGGAAAUGGACCAGCAGUGAGUUUGUAUUGCACUCGGAAUCUUUCAAAUUAGUUUUCAGAUGCAUCUAAGUAUUUACCAAUGAGGUCAAAUUUUAAAGUAAAUUUUUUCUAUUUAAUGUAAAACCUUUUUGAUUUGGCCUUGUUUGUGGCUCAUACUGCUAUCCCUUAAAGGGGGAAAUAUCCUUAAAUCAUUGCAGCUGUAUCAGCAUUGCAUUGAAAUCUACUUUAAUCCACAAAGUCUGUUGGGGUUGGGGAAAGGCUCUUGUGCCUGGUACUUGUAGAACUAGUAUGUCUAAAUUCCUCGUUCUCCCAAUAUUUGGAAUAACUAGAUGUGUGCCAAGGGAGUAUUAUCCUUCAUGCUUGGUGUAUGCUCUCACCUUCUGAUUUACAGAAGCUUUUCGUGGGAGAUGGGUCACACAUGAUAGGUUCCACUGGUGAAUAUUUUGUUUAGAGGUAUGUAAACAGAAUUAACUUGUACUUUUUGCACUGUAUGCUGUAACUCCCAGCAUGAGCAGAAGUUCUGAAAAGUAGUAGAGACUAUCUGAAAAAGGGAGAGUUCAUAUCUGCACUUGUACCGAAACAAAACAAGCAUCCUCUGGAAAUAAUGCUUUUAACAGGGACUGAACUAUAGCUAUUGCUUGAGCUUCUAGAUUGCAUUUGUUUUUCCUGUAUAUGUAAACAGCUCUUCAGUCUCCAGUUCACACUUCAGCACUGAAGUAACGCACAGUUUGUAUUUCUGGCAGUAUUUUGAGUGCUUUAGAUCAAUCCUGUUCUGCUCAGGCUGGUACUGUUCUUGAUUUUCUUUCACUUUGGCCAGCAGUCUCUAAAUACAGAAACUGGGUUGUAGCAUACUCCUUUAUAGACUGUAAUAUUUUUGUCUAACUUAUUUUUCCACACACUUUAUAGCAAAUUGAUAUAAGGGUACUAGACUGUUCAUUUACUCUAGGAAGAAUCUGAACAUCAUUGAGGUCUAAGGCAGCAGGACAAAUAUUUUCAGUUAACUGGGUAACUGACUCAGUGUCCCAGCAUAACAAUAUUGUACAAAUUUGACCUAUUAAAUGAUGUGAAGCAUGGCAUAUAACUAUUACACUCACUCUUUUAAAAUAUUUCUUUCACCAAACAGCAGGUUAAGAUGGUAGAAGCAUGAAGCAAAAAUCCAUUUGCCCACAAUGUAGUUGGAUCUUAGUAACAUCAUUUGUUUACUUAAGUCUUUGUACUUUAACAUUUUUUGAGGCGAGGGGGAAGGCAGCUUUUUUUUGUAGGAUGCAAACUAUUCUACAUUACCUGUGGUAGAUACUGUAAACUUGUACAUGGAGUAAAAUAGCCUGCCCCAUGUAAUGAUGCUUUCCCUGGAUAACUUAUCCACAUUCCCCUGGAUAUUUUAUUACACAGUCAUGGCUGCUAAUGUAUUGGAUGUCUUGGGCACUACUGCUAGUGAUGUCUUUCUUCAUGGGUUGGGGGAAUACCUGUGCUGAGUCUGAGUUACUAUUUUUAACUUUGUUUUUCUUCUGUUUGAAGAAGAGGGCCUAAAAUACACUUGUAUUCAAUUUGCACAUUCUGUAUAGAUGUUUAUAUACUAGUUCAGGUACAGAAGGAAGAUGGUUUGGGGGAGUUGUUUACAGAUCAGUGACAGUGAAAGGAGGUUAUUGUUUAAGGCCCUACAGUGUGCAUGCAGAAGCAAUGACUCUUCUGAUAUUGCUGAGAGUAGUUUGAUUGAUCCAUCUGCUGCCACUAAACUAGGGGCAUUCAGUGUAGUCUUCUUUCACAGUGAAGGUUAUGUGCCUCUUCACUUUCAUUGCAUACCUUCUGCAGAGAUGUGGUUUGUGCUGUAAUUAAUUCUGUCAGUUCUUAUGGUUUGGAAUUACUAACCAUACAGCAGGUUUGUUCAAAGCAAUAUAUUGUAAUAAAUAUUGUGAA